CAGGCAGACCCGGCCGAUCCAUGCCAGGCGGAGCCCGGAAGAGCGAGAAGACGAAGUCGAGAAGGGGCACUUGGUUGGACUUACAAAAGGGCGGCCUGCGCCCGUGGUAUCGGUUUGCUGUCUUUGUCCUCAUACUCAUCCACUUCCUCGGAGCUUCAACGACUAGACUCCAUCAUUCUCUCUGCGAUUCUUUCUAAAGUUUGAUCAUUUUCACCAAACCCCAGCCAUGGCCCGGACCAAGCAAAUAAACCAGGCCCGUGCCAAGGCGGCCAAGAAGAAGUCACAGUCGCAGUCUGCCGCCCCGCGCUGGCGGUCGGCGUCCGGCGAAGAGGAACUGUCUGCCAUGCGCCGCGAGGCCGAGCGCCGCAAGCAGAUAUUUGACGAUCGCCGUCGCACCACCGCCAAGUGGAGGGCCAAGAUCCCCCAGGUCCGCAAGGUCAACUUUGAGGGCUUCAAGAACCGCCUGCAGCCCGUCGGCGAGCGCGACUAUGCCAUCGACGUCCUGAUGGCCGGCCCCGGCAUCCAGUCUCAGAUCCGCCGGGAGCAGGGCCGCCGUCGCCGCGAGGACGCCGCCAUCCGCCGGCGGAACCUGCUGCUCUUCAAGGGCCUCGAGGAGGACAACCUCGACGAGAUCAUCGCCGAGAGGCUCAAGGAGGGAAAGGGAGACAAGAAGCAGUCCGAGACCGUUUAUGGGCCCGAGUCCGAGAUUGCGCGGGUCCGCAUCCAGUCUCAGCCCGUCCUGGGCCACCUCACUGCCCUCACCAACGACACGGAGAAGCGGUCCACACCGCGCACGUUCAUGAGGCCGUUCCAGACCCUCGUCUACUUCCAGCCCAAGAUGCGCGAGAUCCUGACCGCGCUCGAGGAGAAGUGGGGCGACUACGAGGACCUCGACGAGCCCGAGACCCCGGAAACUCCUGUCGAGAUGGAUGCCGAUCCCGAGACCAUCAUCACCGCCGAGGAUAUUGCUUCCGCCAAGGGCGAUGACGCCGAGGAGACGGAAGAUGACGUCGAGGUUCCCGACGACGUGUCUCUCAAGUCUGUCGACUCGGACGAAGACGAGGACUUUGAGGGCCUCAUGGACAGCCCCGAGGCGCUGGCAGACAUGCGCUGCUAUGUCGAGUUUGUCGACAAAGAGAUCAUGCCACUGUACCAGCAAUAUGAUGGCAACACGGCGAGCACGGUCAAGUUCGAGGACCUCUGGUCCCUGUACAGGCCCGGCGACCUCGUCUACAUGCCCACGGGCGGCGACCCCGGCGGUCGGUACCACGAGGUCUGGCGCAUCUACCGCGUGCGGGUGCCCGACCCCAAGGUGUCCUUCAUGGAGACGACGGGCUGGGAUUUCUGGGCCGACGACCUGAUGCAGUCGGACGACAACACGUUCGAGCUCUCGGCCUACUACAUCGACCACGACGGCACCAACCUCGGCGCCGUGCGCAACGUGUUCAAGAUCGACUCCUUCGUCGGCGAGCGCGCCAUCGAGUCGCUUCAGGUGUACCCGAUCCGGUACCGGCACGACCACCAGAAGCUCAUCGAGUCGCUCAAGGACCAGGGCCGCAAUUUCAUGAAGUAUCUGCAGGUCGACGAGCGCCACCAGCAGUACAGCGCCUGGACCCUCACGCGUAACCCGCCCAACGAGAACACGCUCAUCGACGACGAGAUUCUGUUGGACGAGAACUACGACAAGAUGUUCCACCCAGAGUUCGUCGAGAGCGACGUCAUCGUGGACCUGGCCGAGGCCUACCUCAAGCAGCCCAGCUGGCGGCCGUGCUUCCACAACGUGUCGAACCACGUCUCGGUCGAGUGCGAGGCCGAGUCGGACGAGAUGCCGGUCCGGCACUGGGUCGACCGGUCGCGCGGCCUGCUCGCCUACGCGCAGGAGGAGAUCGUUCAGAAGAAGGAGGGCAUCGAGAUGCGGCAGCGGCGCGAGAACCUGGCGCUCGACACCUUCCUGCGCAUGCGCGCCGCCGGCUCGCGCACCUUUGAGACCAACCCCAAGGACCUCGAGCUGCGCGAGGAGGACCUGGUGCUGCUGCCCAGGCGCAUGUUUGCCUACGCCCUGCGCGAGCGUCAGUUCUGGCCCAUCGACCUCAACUUCCUCAAGCCCAUCCGCCGCGAGCCAGGCGUGUUUGAGAACCUGAAGAUCCAGCGCGACUACAAGGAGGUGGUACGCAGCCUGGUCAUGUCACACUUCCAAAAGAAGGCGCUCGAGCGCCGCUACGCCGACGCCUCCCUCGAGGGUCCCGGCCAGGACGUGAUCCAGGGCAAGGGCCGCGGGCUGGUGGUGCUGCUACACGGCGUGCCGGGCGUGGGCAAGACGGCGACGGCCGAGGCGGUGGCCAUGGAGAACAAGAAGCCGCUCUUCGUUAUCACGUGCGGCGACCUGGGCCUGACGCCGAGCGAGGUCGAGAACUCGCUCAAGAACGUAUUCCGGCUCGCGCACCUGUGGGACUGCGUGCUGCUGCUGGAUGAGGCCGACGUGUUCCUGUCGCAGAGGGCCAAGAACGACAUGAAGCGCAACGCGCUCGUGUCCGUCUUCCUGCGCGUGCUCGAGUACUACAACGGCCUGCUGUUCCUGACCACCAACCGCGUCGGCGCCAUCGACGAGGCCUUCAAGUCCCGCAUCAACCUGUCGCUCUACUACCCGCCACUCGACAAGACCCAGACGCGCGAGAUCUUCCGCCUCAACGUGGCCAAGCUGCGCAAGAUCGAGAGCGAGCGCAGCCGCAUGACGGGCGAGCCGGCCCUCGUCAUCAAGGAGGCCGACAUCGUCGAGUUCGCGGCCAAGCACUACGAGGACCUGGCCCGCUCCACGGGCUGCUGGAACGGCCGCCAGAUCCGCUCCGCCUUCCAGAUCGCCUCCAGCCUGGCUCUGCACUCGUACUCGCAGCUGGCCGAGGAGGCGCGCGCCAGGGGCGAGAGGCCUCCGGGCCCGCCCGUGCUGGACAGGAGCCUGUUUGAGAAGGUGCAGAUGUCGACCCAGAGCUUCGACCGCCACAUGCGCAAGGAGAACGGCUCGUUUGAGUCGCAGCUGCCGCACCGGGGGACCUUUGCCGAAGAUGACUGAGCUUGAUGAUUGAGUUGACGCCCAGCGGUGUUUGGGUGUCUGUAUGAUGCCUUCUUUGGGUUUCCUUGGGUUUCCACGCGGCGUUUGAGCAAUUAAAUGAUCUGAUUUUCUCUGCGGCUUCCCGGCGGUGUGAUACGUAUGCAGUGUGCCGGCCUUGCUUGAUGCUUCUGAUGCCCAUACAGCGAGACAGCCAUGUAACGCCAAGGCUAGUGUUGGAUAUCAGCAGCGGGUAGAUGCCUUGCGGUGGUGCCUCUACCACCACGCAACGGAAAGCGACUCUUUUUCAUCGUUUGACACUCCCAAUGCUUCCAUGUGACGCUGCAAAUCUGAUUCUCUCGCCGCUCCGCACUACUCCCUGCUUGUCCUACGCGAGGGUGCGGUGUCGUAAAUUCCCAGCCAUGUAUAUACCGCUGGACUUUUCCCCUUCCUACCCAAAUCCCUCCCUGGCCCUCACCCGAUACAUCACCACAGCGCUACCUCUUCACAAAGAGCAUGACCUAGCCCCUUCUAUAUACAUUUUGACGUACAACCUUAUUGCCCCGACUGCGGCGGCGUGCUCUUUUCUUUCCUCCUCUUCCCGUGCCCUGUUCCUUUCCUCCAUAUAUAGGACCUGACCCUAACUUGACCUGCACCUGUUAUUUUCCUGCAGCUGAGAGCCAUUCGACCCGACAGAAAACAAACCUCGUUCACACCCUUCGGCCAAUAUAUAGAAGUCCGAAUUCGACUUUCCAGCCGUUCCAGCCUUUCCAGCCGCGUCGGUGCCGCACGCUGCUUCCCGUCCCACAGUCACUUGCGUAGGUGGCUCUUCAUCCCCCACAGAAAUGCUUCAACGCAUAUAAAUCGCCCUGCUCUGCUAUGGGUCACAUUUGACGUUUUCGCAUUCGCCGGCUGUCCCUGACGAUGAUGUGACCUCGCGCGACUACUUGUACAGAUUCCCCCAACGCCGAAACCCACGAAAUCUCGCACGUGCAUGUCGCGCAGCUGGAUCGUGGGAGGUCCGACUUUAUCUGAGGCGACAGUUCCUGCAAGUUACAUACGUACAGGACGUUUAUUUCGGCGGCCCACACGUUAUCGGUAAACGAUUGCCCGCUGAACACGCGGACAUGGUUUCCCGAGGCUGGGCUUGGUUCGAAAAGGACUUCAUGGACCUGCAGAUUUGCGACAGGUGGGAUGC